GAAUUUGAAGAGUAAAGGGCAUAAGAUGCGGAAAAACUUCAAAGCCGAGGGACACCUCUGUAAAUUGCAAAACGCCGCAUUGUAGUUAAUAUAGACGCGCGAGAGGAACGCUGUGACGGUUGUAGUUUUCACGUGUUUGCUCCCCAAAAUAACUUUCCUCAUCUCUUCAGUCAAGUCCUUCACUCCUGCUCGCAUCCAUUUCCAAUGAAGGUACUGCUUUGCCGAUCCUCAUCCUCCAAUCACUUCUCCCUCUUGAUGCGUUUGUUCUGAUUUUCAUUUAUCUUAGCACGAUCGCAUCAAUUGCGGGUUGUUAUUCGCUCAGAUUUUAUUCAUGAAUCACAGCAAACUGAUGCGUAGAACUGGUGAAUCACUGGUCGAGAUGGGUCGUAAGAAGAGGAACAAGAAGCUUCUGAUGCUCACCGAAUUCAAUCGAAAGACAGAUCUUCCAGUCGAGUGGUACCCACUGUAGUUUCCGUUGAAGAUAUUUUUUCGAUUGGUUACUAUUUAGUUCCAGCGACUUCAGGGAAAUUCUAAUAAUUUUUUUUUCGAUGAAUCCGACGCUUAGUUGGAUCGCUUAUGGUUCUUGGAAAUUUUAGAAAUUUUCAGUAUUUUGAAAUGUUUAAUUAAUGGAGUUUUUGGGGAAGAAGAGAAAGGGCCCGGAAAUUUUACCAUCAUGUCGCAAGCCUGCAAUUCCAUUGACAAUCCUUUUGUCACACUUGUCGUUUGAAGAGUACUCAAGGCAGAGAAAGAAGUGUAAGGAAGAUGUAGUUAAAGAAAUUGUUGGUUCUAGUAGAAGUGUAGUUAUUGGAGUUGUCACUGCUCCUCCUUGUGGCGUAGGCUGCUCAGAUACGCAAGGAAGAGGCCUGAAGAGGAAAAUUGGGUGUCUUGAUGCAGCCACUCGAAUGGGUAGGAAGAAGAAGAUUGAGCAAGAUUAUGAUUUGGGGGCAAUGAUAGGACAGGGUAAAUUUGGGUCGGUGGUGUUGUGCCGAAGUAAAGUGACUGGGGAAGAGUUUGCCUGCAAGACAUUGCGUAAAGGGGAGGAGAUUGUGCAUCGGGAGGUGGAGAUAAUGCAACACCUUUCUGGCCAUCCAGGUGUUGUGACACUGAAGGCAGUUUAUGAGAACUCAGCAUCAUUCCAUCUAGUGAUGGAGCUCUGCCCUGGGGGACGGUUGCUUGACCAGAUGGCUAAAGAAGGGAGAUAUUCAGAGUACCGGGCUGCUAAUAUACUCAAGGAACUGGUUUCUGUAAUAAAGUAUUGCCAUGAUAUGGGUGUUGUUCACCGCGACAUAAAACCCGAGAAUAUACUUCUUGCGACUUCAGGACAGAUAAAGCUGGCAGACUUUGGAUUAGCUGUGCGCAUUUCAAAUGGUCAGAGCCUUGCUGGUGUGGUUGGAAGUCCUGCCUAUGUUGCCCCUGAAGUUCUGCUUGGUUCUUAUUCAGAAAAAGUGGAUAUCUGGAGUGCCGGCGUCCUCCUACAUGCUCUUUUGGUUGGUGUGCUUCCAUUUCAAGGUGACUCUUUGGAAGCAGUCUUUGAGGCCAUCAAGAAAGUUAACCUUGAUUUUGAUGGUGGAGCGUGGGAGUCAGUAUCCCAACCUGCCCGGGAUCUCAUUGCUCAUAUGAUGACAAGGGAUGUUUCAACUAGGCUAACCGCUGAAGAAGUACUGAGGCAUCCUUGGAUAUUGUUCUACACACAGCCAACAUUGCAUAACCUGAAGUUUAAGCCAAAAGCCAGAAACCGUGCAAGGCUGACUUCCCAACUGACAUUCUUACCUCGGGCAGAGUCGGAGAGGAAAAGGAUCAUCGCGAGUGGUGCUCUCAAUGAUGACUCCAGCCCAAUUUUGUCAUCUGAUAGUUCAAUUCAGUGGUCAGAAGACGACUGCAGUUUGGUUGAUGCUCUUGCUGUGGCGAUUUCUCGUGUAAGGAUAUCUGAACCAAAGAGAAGCAGGUUAUGCGAUCCAGCAAACUCAAUCCAACAGGAAUGUUCCUCUAACAUGAAGGUUAACAACCUUUGUACAGCCUUUUGAUUCUGCUGAAUAACCUGCUCAUGCAUCCGGGAUUGGAGGACAACUUUUUAUGGCAGGAUGACAUAAGAGACAAGAUUGUGAAGAUGCGCUGACCGUUUGACAGUGACAAAGUGUAGACUUGGGAUUCUUGGGGCUCUUUCUCUGUAGAAAUGAUUUGGGCUUGUAUGGUUCUGCUAGUUGUGUGUGUGUUGAGCCUGAUAAGUUUGAAACUGUUUUUACAGAAUCUCGUGUAAAUAAAAUGUGUCUGGGUGUUAUGCUGCCGAGAUAAAA